AUGCAGCGAUUGAGUAGCUUCUUGGACUUCCAGUGUGAUCAGCGGAAGGCGGCGGCCAUAGUGGCUGAGUGCAUUCCCGUGCGAUCCUUGAACCGUUUGAGACUUUCUAUUGAGGAGCGAAAAGUGGCACUCAGUACCAAUCCAAACGCGAAUAGCGCGAGUGUGGAGGUGGAGGCGUUUUAUGAAGGCAUGGAUCUUCAGGAUAGUCAAACCCUAUCUCGGAAUAAGUUUGAGUCGGCGAUAGCCAGUGUAAAUUCUUUAUCGGGCAUAUUUAACGGUAUGCUCAAUGAAUUCGCGGAGCGUUUUAUAAAACAACUCAAGGAUUACCCCAUUAACUAUGUCGUGAUAGCAGGAGGGAUGCACAACAUUCCCAGUGUUGUGCAAAUGGUUCAAAAGGCAAUCAGCCAGUCUAGCUCAGCGUCUGUUUCCGCAUGCUUCGAUCUCUCAUCGCUUCGGUUUCUUAGCGAUUCAGUUGCUGGAAAGGGGUUCGGUACGGAUGAGCUUGCGGCUGUAGGUGCUUGCUUUCACAGCUCCCAAAUUGCACUCCUUGCACAUGAACAAGCUGAAGUCCGGAGCAAGCUCCAUAAAAGAAAUAAGCAGAAUCACAAGCGGAAGGGAUUGAGCACUAUUGCACUUCAGGAGACUGAAGAGUCGCUUUUCCGGAUAUGGUCGUGCUUAUCUAUGGAAAGCGGGAGUGAAGAUGACGACGACGACGACGAACACACCCAUGUGAGGGUUCUAAAACACAACGUCUAUGCGUUUGUUGGAGAAAACGCAGCUUCGCGGCUCGCAGAUCUGACAUCACAGGGCACGGACACUCUGGAGUUGGAAGCUAGUGAGCUGUCCUGUCUUUUCUCUCAGGGCACCCCUCUGCCAUCCAGGGUGGUCAUAAGUCACGAAGCCUCAGCGGGAUCUUUGGUCUUAUACUUGUUUUCUGACGUCUCUGAAGAGUUAAAAUCUGGCGGUGAACACUCCACAACGCUUAGAGUUCGGUCAGUAUAUCCUAAAGGGGUUGUGAUACCACCUCUGGAUAAGCCGAUGUCCCUCGUUUUGACAUUACGGUGCAUCCAUGACGGAGAAGGCGACGAACGGGCCUCCCUGAUGGUGGCCACGACGUGCCAGGGCGUAGAUCAACCCUCCGCUCUGCUUACACCACACAACACAAAUGAAUGUGCUGAUAUAUUACUUUAUUAA